GAUAUCACAGUGACUUCACUUCCGAUGCAAAUUUUACGACUGUAAAAUAUUUUUUGUGCUGAUACGAAUUACAUUAAACUCACAAUUUUACACUCAAGAUCGUGUUUGGUGCUAUAAAAAGAACGAAGGACGAGUUCACGUAGGGCCCUGGGACCUGAAAGUAGGCUACUAUGUCCGCGGAACUGGACCUUUCGCCCCCAGAGGUACCUGAACCCACUUUGCUUGAGAGUCUCCUGCGCUAUGGACUCUUUCUGGGAGCUAUUUUCCAACUCAUCUGCAUCCUGGCUGUCAUAAUACCGACCUCAAAGGGGCAUGAACAGGAGGAGACGGAGCCAAGUGACAUGAAGGCUGGUGACCAGAAUAAGAAGUCAAAAGGACCUGCGCCUCAGAUUCGCCAGAAACUAAAGAAAGAGAGCAAGAAGAAGCGAUAGGUGUGUCGGAUUUUGUGCUGUCCAUGCAGUGCACCCAAAAUUAUUGUUACAUUUCAAAUUAUGUAAACUGAAUCAUUUUUGUUCUAUCAAAUUCAACAAUGUCUCUACCAUGAUUUAUGAAAGAACAGAAGUGCAUUUGAAUAACUGUUUUAUUCAACUA